GCACAGGGGCAGGCAGGAAGAGCCUCAGAGAGGAAGGGGUGACCCCCCCCAUACACACUUGGGAGGGGCCCUCAACCGCUCACUGAAGCUGAGUCUGAGGAGGAAGUGAGAGGAGGAGGUCUUUCAGCCAGUGGCAUUUUGGGGUCUAAGGCGCCAUGGCCCAGGCCCUGGGGGAGGACCUAGUGCAGUCUUCCGAGCUGCAGGAUGAUUCCAGCUCUUUGGGGUCUGACUCAGAACUGAGCGGGCCUGGCCCCUAUCGUCAGGCUGACCGCUAUGGCUUCAUUGGGGGAAGCUCAGCAGAGCCAGGGCCAGGUCACCCCCCUGCAGACCUUAUCCGCCAAAGAGAGAUGAAAUGGGUAGAGAUGACCUCACACUGGGAGAAGACCAUGUCCCGACGGUACAAGAAGGUAAAGAUGCAGUGCCGGAAGGGCAUCCCUUCAGCUCUGCGGGCCCGGUGCUGGCCUCUGCUGUGUGGGGCUCAGGUGUGUCAGAAGAACAGCCCUGGCACCUAUCAGGAGCUGGCAGAAGCCCCUGGAGACCCACAGUGGAUGGAGACCAUUGGCAGAGACCUACACCGUCAGUUCCCUCUACAUGAGAUGUUUGUGUCACCCCAGGGUCAUGGGCAGCAGGGGCUCCUGCAGGUUCUCAAGGCCUACACCCUGUAUAGACCAGAGCAGGGCUAUUGCCAGGCCCAGGGCCCUGUGGCGGCUGUGCUGCUCAUGUACCUGCCUCCGGAGGAGGCCUUCUGGUGCUUGGUGCAGAUCUGCGAGGUCUACCUUCCUGGCUACUAUGGGCCCCACAUGGAGGCUGUGCGUCUGGACGCGGAGGUCUUCAUGGCCUUGCUACGGCGACUGCUCCCACGUGUGCACAAGCACCUGCAGCAGGUGGGCGUCGGGCCCCUGCUCUACCUGCCUGAGUGGUUCCUGUGCCUCUUCGCCCGCUCCCUGCCAUUCCCCACGGUGCUGCGCAUCUGGGAUGCUUUCCUCAGCGAGGGUGAGUGGGGCAGCCCCAGUGGCUGGGGUCCAGAGAUUUGGGGUGCACUGGGGAGCCCGCUCACUAGCUCUCAGUUUAUUCUGCUUGGUAACUGCCACUCCCAGUCUUUUGGGGCCUUGAACCAGGGGGGGUUGGAUGUGGCUCGGGAGAAGACAGCCUUGUCCCAGGUGGUGCGUCACCCGUGUAGUGCAUCGGAGCCCCCUCCUGUGAUGGGGAGUACCACAGGGAGGCCAGCACUGCUUGGGCCAGGGCUGGGCCAGGAGGUUUCUGCUGAAGGUGGAGGGAGCUGGACUGGUCCCAGCGCCUGGCAUCUGAGCAGCUCAGAGGCGGGCAGGACUGGGACUUGGCUGAGGGAGGAGGCUCCUCCUGGAGCCCACAGCCGACUGCCGAGCACAGCUGGGCACCAGGCGAGGGUGGCUCUGGCAACAAGAAAUACCAAGUGUUCCAGACCUCAUUCUGGUGGGGGUGGGGUGGGAAGUGACUGUAGCCAAAUUAAGGAGAUAUUUAUAGAAUGUCAUAGUGCCAUGAAGAAAAUAAAACAAAGGAUGUGACAGAGUGUCAGGAAAGUGGCAGGAAGUUCUUGCUAUCUUUAAAGGUGCUCUGGCUGGAGGUAAACAGAAGGGUCGUGGGUGGAAGUUGGGAGCAAAGAACGGGAGGAUCACGAGGGGAGAGCCAGGCAGUCUUGGGGUCUUCUUGACGCGCCUCAAUAGCCCCAUAAGCACCCCACCUGUGAUGUCCAGAGCUCGUUCCUCAAAAAGCAGUGGUGAUUGAGUAGUACCUCUCUACUGCUUCAGAUCUUCCACACAGGGAGGACCACUGGUGUCUGUCCAAGUCACCAUCCAUGUGUCACCUCCCCUCCAGCCGCAGACCCCGAGGGCAGGGUCAUUUAUGGUGACUGAGGUGAUCCCUGCCCCCUCCACCUGAGGACAGGCAUUGCACGGACACCCUUUAAUAGCGAUGAUGACGUUAGCGGUGUCAAUUGUUCCUUUACAAGUCACAGUUGUCACUAGGCCUUUCUGGCCCCCUGGCUGCUCUUCUCAGCAGAUCAGAGGCUGCCAGGAAGGAACUGUGAGGCUCCAGGAGUGGCUCAAGGUCAUGUGUGUGGUGUGUGUGUGAGUGUGCAUAUGUGUGCACAGGCACAUGAAUCCUGUGCUCUUGGUUCAGGCAUGAGAGAAGCUCUGCCUAGAAUCUUUCUAGAACCAGAGGGUCACAGAUCCAAGCUGGAAAGUCCCGAGGCACCCAUUGGACCUUCCCAUAUAGAGGAUAGAGCUCAGGUGGUAGAGUGCUUGCCUUGGAUGCAGAAGGCCCUGGGUUUGAUCCCCAGCACCACACACAAAUAAAUAAAGGAAGGAAGCCGAGGCCCAGAGAAGGCUUGGUGUGUGCUCUCGGUCUCCCCUGGCUCCUGGCAGGCUGCUCCGCCUGGAAGUGUCUGGGGCUCCUGAGGCUGAGUUGGCCAGUGCAGGGGCCUGCAGUCCCCAAAUCAUGGUCUUCCCUCUGUCAUUGCUCCUGGCCUAAGUUGGGUGGGGGCAGAGCUGCAGGCUGGUGGAGAGAGCAUGACUGGGGGCAGGUUCAGGUGAAUGGCCGAGGGAAAGGCUGGCUUCCUGUGAGUGAGUCCCUGGCUGCAGGUGCCAAGGUGCUGUUCCGAGUGGGGCUGACACUGGUGCGCCUGGCACUGGGCACUGCAGAACAGCGCAUGGCCUGCCCAGGACUCCUGGAGACGCUUGGUGCCCUUCGAGCUAUCCCUCCCGCUCAGCUGCAGGAAGAGGU